GUUUAACGGGUUUAACGUUAAUCUACUAAGAUUUAUUAACGUUCGAGAUUACGAUAGGAUUAAAUAUAUAGAGAAUGAAAUAUUUCCGCCAAAUAGUUACAGACACAUUAACUCGAUCACAAAUAACCUUUACGAUUCUUAAAGCUUUAAAAUCAGUGUUUUUAAACUGGAAUUAAAUGAAAUAUCUGUGUGAACCACUAUAGAUUGUAAAAUAAACUGUAGAUCGUAUUACCAUAAUUAAAAUGUAAGAUGGUAAAUAGUUGAAAUAACGGUGUAAAAUAACUAAUUUGUUUCACAAUACUACCUUAUUUAUUGGACUAUAAAACUUGUUAACGGAUUGCAAGGUUCUUUAGAAAAUGUAACAGUUUUUUUCACACAAAAUGUUUAAAUGGAAAUGUUAUAAACGAUUUUGUCUACGUCUGUGAUCCAAUUUGUUCUACCUGGAUUUAAAAACUGAAGAUAUCAAGAUGAAAACAACAACAUAUAGACUAGAUGAGUUACCCGAUGACAUCAUGGAUGUACCAGAUUAUGACUACGACGCUUUUGCUAGGUUGUCGCCAUCGGUGAUUGAUACUAAUAUUGAAGAUCCAUAUAGAUGUCCGGUAUCCACACCAACAGUCAAUCGCCGUGCUAGCAUGAAACCGCGCAACAUUCAACCGCCAUUUAUGACAUAUACAAGUUUAAACCGAAGUCUUCAAAUCCCGAACAAUAUAAAUGCUCCUAAAUACUCUUCUAAGUAUAAGUUUAUGAAAGCUAGUAGACCUAUGGCUAAAGCUCAAAAGAAAAACUUUGAUUGCUAUUUCGUGCGAAAGAUUGAUAAAACACUUCACAUUGAUGCACAGACGCAUUCAACUUGGCUGAGUUCUCUUUGUGCUCAGCCGGUUGAUGAAAUAUUUACUAAAUACAAGCGAAAAUCUGAAGCUAAUAACGGAACGCAGCAUGUUACUCGGAGCAAUAAUUCGACACCGGGUGAAAAAGCUCUACUAUCUGCGUGGUCGAGUAACGCAUCAAACCGUGGAACGCAUUCUGUAGCUUCGAAACACACUAAAUCGGUCUAUACAUCCACAGCAUCUAGAAAUUCCAGAACUUCUUUCAUUGAUCCAAAUCUUCGAAUAUAUGGUUAUGAACCAGAGAUGGAAAGAAUACCAACAAACGUAAGCUUUGCACUGAUGCCUUCAACACCUACAAGCUGUAGUGACGCAGACGACAUAACAGUUUCAUCAAGAGGCUCGCCGUUAUUUCAAAAAGUGUUCAAAAACAACAUGCUUCAUAACAGUGUUGACCAUGUGGGUAAUACAAACUUGUAUACUCAGUACCAGAGAGACAAACGCUUCCCUGAAAUCCGUCCAAGAAAAUCAACAUCAUCACCAACACGAAAACGGAUCGUUUCGGAUUCAAAAGAGUCGACUGGUAUGUCAUUGAAUUACAACAAAAAACACUAUGACCUAGAAGAGAGCCCCAUGCAGAUAGUGUGCUUUGGUCAAACACCUCGCGAAAAUUUAGAGCAACCAACCUCUUCUAAGGCAACAGUCUCCAAAGAAUGUCCUUAUCGACUACCUAAAGAACUAUCUACGUCACUUCCUGAGCUACAGGGAGCUGGAUGAUCAACUUUUAAAAACUAUUUUUUUUUUAAAGUUAGAUUUUGAAUCUUUACUAGAUUCUUUUCCUGUUCCCAAUUUAUCAUGAAUUUAGGUAUAUAAUGCAAAAUGUACUUCAGUUCUUCACGAGAUUCUAGCAUCAAUUUAGUAAUACUUUCAACAAGAGUUGUUUUACGACAACAGUAUUCAUGCAGGUAACUCACUACAACACAUUUCUAUAAAUAUUGUACUGCAGUAAAUAAAAUUUACUUACGAUAUGUCACUAAAGGACCAAAAAUCAAAGCGGAUCAUUACCAUUAAGUUGUGAUAGACGAAUCGUAUUAGAUUUUGAAAUAAGAUUUAACAUUUUUCACUCAUCGAUCAAACUUUAAUAGCUAAGUGUUCGAAUAAUUUAUCUAUUUUUCUAAGCGAAUGCAAUAUUAACGACAAAUGAUAUAUACAAACUUGACUAAUACUGCUUCAAUGUUAUGUCUUCUUGUCCAAAUUAAUUACAUGCAUGUUUUACCAUCGUUGUUAACGUGCGAAGUUAUUCAUUAGAUACAUGUACAUAUAUAUUCCGAAUUUU